AUGGGGUUACAUAUAAAUCAAAAUAAAAUUAAAUUUAUGGCAACUAACACAAACACAAGAACUGGAAAUGUUGACGCAGAUUUAAUCAUCAAUGAUCAAAACAUCGAAGCAGUCAAAGAAUUUAUAUAUCUAGGAUCACCGGUUAACCCCAAUCAUAACACAUCUGAGGAAAUAAAAAGGCAAAUAAUAAUUGCAAACAGGUGUUAUCAUGAUCUAUCAAAGUACUUAGCUAACAAACGUCUGUUUUAAAAAACUCGGCUGUAUAGAAUCCGCCCUAUCGAUUUUUGAAAGAAAGAUGCCGAGAAGAUCGGAGUCAGCAUCUGGAAAAUGCAAGCAAGGGGCAGAACAGAAUGGCGUAGAAAGCUUAAGAAAGUCGAGGCCCUCUAAGGGCUGUAGCACCAAGAUGAUGA